AUGAGUAGCGCAGCGAACGCCAAGCCCGUCCUUCAAGGUGUCAAGAUCAGACCUCGCAAGGGUGUUCAAAAGGCCACAGCCAAGUUUGAACCCACUGUUUUCCGCGACGCAUUCAUUGGCGUUAUUUCGUCUGCUGCUCCAGGCAACCUCGACGAUCUCUCAGCAAAGUUGGAUGCCGCUGGCAAUACUCUUGAGUACAGACGUUACGCCGAGACUCUCUUCGAACUCUUAAUCGCAGGCCGUCUCCUCGCCCCCGGUGGAACCUUUCUCGAGGAUGGAACUCCUGCCAGUCCCUUCAGCAUCUUCCAAGCCCAGGAUGACCUCGCAAGCAUCAAGAAGCACGUGGAUGUCUUCCACAAGCUUAUGCGCCGUUACAAGUACUUGCAGCGCGGCUUCGAGGAUACCUUGAUGAACUUGCUCCAGUACAUCAAUAAGUUUAAUCCUGAAGACACCAACAAGCUGGCCAUUGCCACCGGUUUGUUUUGCUCGUCUGGCCUCGCUACCUUGAGCGUUCUCACAGUCUUGUACAAGGAGCACUUGGUCAAGGAGGGUCUCUCUUUGCAGUUCGUUACUACUGCCUUCAAGACCUACUUGAUUGACCAGACUGUUGAUCAGUUCGGGCUCAACCUCUAUAAGGCUGGCAUGAGCGAUCGUCUUUUGGACUUUUUCCCUCCCAACAAGCGUGACGAGGACAGCUUUGCCCGCCACUUUGAGGCUGAAGACAUGAAGCAGCUCGUUACCUUCCAGACCAAGAAGCAGCUGAUCCUGCGCAAGGAGAGCAUCGUUGAGAACGUCAAGACCUUUUUGGAGGAGGGCAAGGUUCCUGAGUGCUUGACCUACCUCAAGGCACAGAGCAAGGAGAGCGGCUUGACCGAGCCCGAGCUCAUUCCAUUGAUCUGGACUGGGUUGAUGGCCUCUGUUGACUGGGGCACGCGUGUGGAUCAGAUCGAUAACCAGAUCUUGAAGCAGGUCCAGCAGUACAGCAAGCUGCUGGGUGCGUUCUGCACGUCACCCAAGACGGAGAUUGCACUGAUGCAGACGAUUCAAGUCAACUUUUACGAGGAUGCGCGCUUCAUCAAGCAGUACCGUGCUGUGACUCAGCUGUUGUACAAGAACGAUGUGCUGUCGGAGAGCGCGAUCUUGUACUGGGCCGAGAAGGGAUCGAAGACUCAGGGACGCACUGUGUUUAUGAAGCAGAUGGAGCCCUUUGUUCACUGGCUCAAGAACGCCAGCGACGAGGAAGACUCGGAUGAGGAGGAAUAA